UGAUUGGCCUUGCUAAUCUCUGCCACAUUCCUCUGGGAGGGGUUUUAUUGUGUGUUGAGAAGGAUGGAGACUGAAUGAGUGUUGUGCACUAUGGACUUGUGAAUGCCUCUGUUUAACAGGACUCCCUCCGUGUCGGCUCUUACAAGUGUUGUUCUUUGGGACUGAAUGAAGCAAGAAAGAUGAGUUCGACCAAAAUCACCAACAUCGACGCGUUGGAGCUGCAAGAAGGCGUUCAGAAUGAAGCCUUUCAAGAAGAUGAUGAUACAUCCGAUGCAUCAAGCACUCGAGAGCAGCAGGCCACCAGCGUCUCUGUCACUGGGUCGGAGGAGAACGAGUGCACUCAGAUUAAGCCGUAUGCUGGGAUGCCCAAAGAGGUCCUGAUGUUACACUCCAGCAAAGCCUGCUACCGCAUACCUCGAGAGAUUAUUUUCUGGCUGAUCAUUGCAUGCACCUUGGCCCUUAUUGCCAUGACCGUUACGAUCGUGGCGCUGUCACCUCGAUGCAUGAGCUGGUGGCAGCUGUCUCCGGUCUAUCAGGUUUAUCCACGAUCAUUCAAAGAUUCAAAUGCUGAUGGUGUUGGAGACCUCAAAGCGUCACAUUGUUUGCUUCAUCAGGUGAGUGUCUUCGGGAAUUCCACCUGGGAGUAUGAUGAGAUGCGACAACAGUGCUAUUUCCAUCAGUUCCUCAAAGAACAGCCGGAUCUGAACUACCGUAACCCCCGAGUCAUAGAGGAGAUGACGGACAUAAUCCAUUUCUGGCUGAAGAAGGGGGUGGAUGGGUUCCGCAUGGACGCUGUGAAACACAUGCUUGAGGCCACCCAUUUGAGAAAUGAACCCCAGGUCGACCCUGACCAAGAUCCAUCGACUGUGGACACAGAGUUUGAGCUGUACCAUGACUACUUACCAAAUACCCUCCACGCCUUAAUAAUAGACUUCACUGCGCUUCUAGGCAUUGAUAAAGCCUUAGAAAUGAGCAACAGUCGGGACCCGCAGCGAACACCAAUGCAGUGGAACGAUCAGUUCAAUGCUGGUUUUAGUGACAGUGAAAAUGGCACAUGGCUAGACAUCGCUCCAGACUACAGCACUGUUAAUGUGGAGCUUCAGCAGGCUGAUCCAAACUCCACCAUUUCACAGUAUCGUGCUCUGACUUUGCUCAAAGGGGCUGAGUUGGCCCUGUCCCGAGGCUGGUUCUGCUUCAUCUGGAGUGAUGUCAAUGUAUUCGCUUAUUUGCGUGAGCUGGAUGGACUCAACAAAGCCUUCCUGGUGGUUCUAAACUUCGGCAAGGAUACUACAACAGACUUGUCUUUAGUUAGUGAGUUGCCAGAUACUCUUACUGUGCAUUUAAGUACACUGCCAAUAAGUCAAAAGACUUUCUCUAAAUCCAGAAUUCUGACAUCUCAAGGGCAAGGACUGCUCCUGGAAUAUUCCACCAAACAGCGCUUUCACCCAAACCAUGCAUCUGAGUGCUAUGUUUCUGAGAAAGCCUGCUACUUGCCUGCACUAGAUAUUCUGUACAAGUGUUGAAGAUACUUUCUAGAAGAUGUGUCCUAACUUAACCGACACAGUGACAAACGAUAAAGGCUAUCUAUUCCUUGUUUUAUUUCGGUGGUGUCAUGCUGGCUAGUCCCGCCCACCUUGAAAUGUCAUUGGUCCAAAAUCUCACUCCAUAUUAUUGUGAUAGUGUGUAUCUUUUGUGUUAAGUGUGAACCGGCAAGUUGCCCAGUGAUGCAAACUGUUUUUGUCAGAUGAACUUUUAUUCAAAAGGAACUAGCAUCUAUGUAACAAAAUAAACGUUUGGUUUAUUAAGAAAAAUCUGAAAAACUUUUUUGUCUGGUUGUUUUUCACUCACACAUACACAUAUAAUUUAGUCUCGUGGUCUAUGAGACUUGCCAGUCAGGUUAUUUGACCAUUCUUUUUGUCUCUGUCGAGUUUUUUUGAUGGUCUAGUCCAAGUUCUGUGUAAAGAAAGGCUAACUGUCAGG